AUGGCCUACCCCCAAGACGUCGACCUCUCCGCAGGUGCAUUCCGCGAGCCGUUGGCAAACGUGACCAACGCCGUCGGAAAUCCUCUCUUGCUCUCUCUCUCGCAACCCGGGCGGGACGACGUCCAGAAUAAAGGCGGACCGACGACCGAUGCCAGUCACAGCCAAAUCACAAACACCACCGAUGCCAACAGUGGUGCUCGUAAUGACCUCUCGAGGCUAAACGCCCCAGCACCCCGGCCUGGUCCGGCCUCGACGGAUCACACUACCGGCGCUGCUGAUGGUAGGAGUGUCUGUAGCAUGGGCACUCCAGACUCCAAGACUGGCGAUUCUGCGUACGGCACGGCCAACGAUCAUCACGUCGACCAUGAGGUCUCCCACAUGGGGCCCUGGGCUCAGGACAAAAUCAGUAGCCUGGGCAAAGAAUAA